AAUUCAGUCUCAUCUUCCCCUGCCUCGUCUACCUCCCACCCCUACGAGGCUACCACUCGCCGUCCCCGAGGCUGUACCUCUUGAGUCACUGACCACAGCCGCCGGCGAGGCUCGUUGAAGGAAGAGUAGCUGACCACAGCCGCCCCGAAUUGAAGGCUCCCCCCCCAUCCGCAAACUGAAGGCUCUCUCCCGGCCUCCCCCAAGAAAUGGAGGACAUUUGUGGUUCAGCUGGUUCGUCCUCGCACCAGCACGACGAUUGCGCUUUAGCUGAUUCGUCCUUGCGCCAGCACGGCGAUUGCGCUUCAGCUGGUUCGUCCUCGCGCCAGCACGGCGAUAGACCAUAUCCUCGCUGGACCGGUGCCCGGCUCAGAUCUUCGCGGUCUUUACCGGGUCGAUUGUCAGGCGGUGCCUGGCUCGGAUCUUCGCGGUCUUUACCGGGUCGAUUGUCAGGUUGGAGGAAUCCGUUGGACAUGCAUUGGCCUGAGCAUUUGGACAAAAUUUUCGUGGAUGCGUGUUAUGAAGCGGUUGAGAUGGACAUCACUGUAACAGAACACAAGUCGUUGUUUUGGAAUAGGAUUGCAGAGUUCAUCUAUAAAGCAACGCAACUGAGUAUUAUACAGAAGGAUCUGAAAAGUAGGUUUAAAUACUUCAGAGACUUGUGGGGACAGUACCAGAAGCUUACACGGGAGUUGCACUUGCACCGAGGCUCGACAAAGCCCUCACCUGAAGAGAUGAAAAAAGAACUUGAAUCAAGUAAAUUCAAUCGUAUGUUGCAAUAUAUGGAUAAGCUCACAUAUAUAUUUGUAAAAUGUGAUGAGCAUAAGUCACCAUCAGUAGCUGCGUAUCAUUGCAAUGUUAGAUGUGGGAACUUAACUAAUCCAAAAGAGCUCGGAAGUUCAUUUGGCUCGGUCAUUUCAAAAUGGCAUGACCCACGAGGAUGCAAUACAAUAUCUUAG